GAAAUCCCAUGACUGACGACCACCACCACCACCCUGACAAAAGGAGUAUAGUGGGGGUAGGACCAGGAGAAAAUUUUAGCACAUCAUCUGCGAGACAAUUCGUUGAGCUCUCCCACUUGUCUUCUUCAGGGUGUUCCCUAGAGGCAAAUGGCAUGGGGCGAUUGCACAAGUUCGGCGAGAAAAGAGGUGCCGCGAGAAGAGAGCAGAACAAAAGCGAUACAGCCCAAGCUUGCUUGAAGGAGGACGCGUCAUCGCGUUUUACCAAUGACGGAAAUGAGGUACGACCAUCAGCUGCUACAAGGGAUUUUAUUGUAGGACCAGGCAAUUAUCACGCUGUGCCUGUGGAAGGUGAGCAAGAAGUUGUACUAUCACGAGUAGUAGAGAAUCAGGAAAUACAUGCUGAUUCCUUACCAGCACCUGCGACGAGUAGCGGAGGAGUUUCUUCUGCAGCAGGGGGUGACCGCAAUAUUAAUCUAGAG